AUGUUGAUAUGUCCGAUCUCCCUCGUAGCUUCUUUAUGGCGCCGACAACGCCUUCGUCGGCAGGCUCGCGAGGAGUUUAGCGCUAGCGGCAUACCCUGGUAUAACAACGCCUUUCUUGGCACAUUUUUGGAUGAACUUGUUCUUGACGUCCUCAUGGUUUGUUGUGGCCAACUUCAUUUCGUUCUGUACAUGCGUGAUAACAGCUUCGUUGUCUACCCACAGGUCAAUAGGCAACUAGGUAGCGAUAUUGGUCCUGCCCAUCGGCUCAUAAGCAACCUCGGAUGCCGGUUACGUCACAUAACUUUGCUUCUUGCGUUGCCAUCUAUCUACCGUCAUACAGUAUAA